UCUCGGUGUCAACUUUUAUUUUGUACAAAAUUAUCUGCGCAGUUAAGAGACCGUUAGUCAAAGGAAAGCCAAGAGAAGACCGUCAUGGAUUAUUUCACGAGUAACACUAGAGGAAGCCGACAUGUCGACCAAAGCCAGGGAGGCGGCACGUACGACAUGGACUUCUACGCAACGUCCUACUCUAGUGCCCAUAACAUCCCACACUACAAGCCAACUCCACCUCUCAUCCGGGACGGUACCGGGUUCAUCCGCUCGCUGGUGCCGACUGGCGAGAUCGGCGUGAUGGCGACCCCGGAGGUAAAGCGGCUGACCCAUCAGCUGUGUCGCUCGGCGCUGCCCGAGCGGCACUCGGCCUGGGUCAUGCACGACGGACGCGAGCCGCUACCGGCGGCCAUCAACGACAACAGCGCCUCCGGCUACGCCAGUAACGCCACGCCCACCCAGCAGAUCGUCAAGCUACCCCGCAGCUGGCGGAGCAGCCCGGGCAGGCCGGCCUGCUUCAUGCGUGACUUGCCCCUGGCGCGCGAGCAUCUGGUCAAAAACCCACCCAAGGACUACGUGUCCGAGUAUCAAGGCAUCUUCCGACAGAAGCCGUUCCACACGGACCUGGCUGGCACCUGCUCGCCGGAGAACCCCGAGAUCAUCUGCGAGACGGGCUUCACGCACGAGAGAGGGGCUGAGGGCGGCCCACAGGCCCGGCACUACGUCACACCACCCACCGCCUACCAGAGCGAGUUCCCGCCAGUUCACCUGAGGCCGCCCGACCGACUGCCGUCCAACAACAACGACACGCGGGACGUGGGCACCGGCUACCCUCACCACCGCGCCGUCCUGGUGGGCGGCAUCCUACGGCCCCCGCGAACGCGAUACCAGUUUGACUUCGACAAUCCUACCAAUAAAGAAACAAAGGAUAAUCUUCUUCCGACGAAAAUCAGCAGCUCCGGCUUCAACUCCAACAAUCCUAUUAAACUACUUCAGCUCGACUCCAGGUCAUUCUGCACCGACUACAAAGGACAGUCUGUAGUUCCACGCAUGUGUCGGGAGAUGACUCACAAGAAGCGCGAACCUGGGGCCCAUUUAGACGCCCAAGUGCUGUUACACCCGGUCUGUAGUUCCGCGCAUGUGUUCGUGGACCUGACGCCGAAAGGCGCCGCGCGCGAGGGACACACCACCGGCAACAUCACGGCGCGCACGCAGAUAUUCUACCCGCUGGCUUCCUUCCGGCACCACAUGCAGGCGCACAACGACAGCGCGCUGCCCGGCCGCCAGGCGUACGUGCUGCGCUCCUGGGCCGCGCGCAGCGCCCCUGGCGGCAUCGGCACGCAACAGCGCGAUGGUCCGCUGGUGGAGCCCGUGUAG